UUCGUCACGGUUCUUUUGUUAUUUUUGUAUUCAGUGCUUUCUUUGAUUGACGUUAUGGACACUUACCCCGCUACAUCUUGGUCCGAUUCUUACUCCUCUUCUGACGAAGAGGAAAUCUGCCGUUACACUGGGGGUGUAUAUGAACAUAUUUUAAUAAGAGUUACUGUUGUUAAAACGCUGUCCGUUUCACUUUAAGUAACCUGCAUACCUGCAGACAUUCCAGACAUGUUUAUUGUGCUUCAUGAUUAUGUCCACGUCACCUCCUGUCAUUCUCUCUAAACAUUUGAGGAGUGGAAAGGUCUGAUCACCAUGGCAGCAAACAUCAUAGUCCACCAACAGGUGGCAGCACCUGCUAUGAGGGCCUGGAACACUGGCCUUUUUGACUGCUGUCAAGACAUGAAUUCCUGUUGUUAUGGUUUCUGGUGCUGUCCUUGCUUAGCCUGCUCCACCACGGGAGAGUUUGGCGAGAGCACCUGUCUGCCAUUAGUGGACAUCAUGGGCCCUGCUUGCAUGGUUGCCUUUGGGGUGCCCAUCAUUGUGCCACCCGCAAGUCUGUCCAUGCGGGUUGCUGUACGCCACAAAUAUGGCAUUCAGCAAAGCCUUUGUGAGGAUAUCAUGGCGUCCUGCUUCUGUGUCUGGUGCUCAUGGUGUCAGAUGGCCAGGGAGAUCAAAGACCACAAGAGCUGCACUUUCACAACCACCCAGCCUGUGGCCAUCCAAGUGCAGCCUCCAACCAUGACCAACUCAAACGUGUCCUACACAACCAAUCAUCAGAGCUACACCAUGACCAGCCCACAGUCCCCCAACCCACAGGGCUACAUCAUGACCAACCCACAGGGCUACACCAUGACCAGCCCACAGUCCCCCAACCCACAGGGCUACAUCAUGACCAACCCACAGGGCUACACCAUGACCACCCCACAGUCCCCCAACCAACAGGGCUACAUCAUGACCAACCAACAGGGCUACAUCAUGACCAGCCCAAAGUCCCCAAACCAACAGGGCUACAUCAUGACCAGCCCACAGUCCUCCAGCAUGGUUGAGAAGCACCCUGAUAUGAUGGCAGGCCCCCCAUCUCAAAUGAUGGCUUCUGCUCCUAAUGCCUAUAACCCUGCUUUCAUGAUGCCCCCUGAUAUGUCUAACCAUAUGGUGAACACCCCUGUCUCCACCCAACCAUCCAAAUGCUGAGCUCUGCUUCAUCUAAUCACAUACUGAUAGCUGAUCUUGCUAUAAUGUUCACAGUCAAUGAAAUAAUUAGAUUGUUGGAAAUAUGUUUUUAUAUGGUUAAUAGUCUGAGGUCUAUUUGAUGGUAAUGGCCUCUGCUCAUUGUCUUGACAUGUAAUAAAGUCAUUUAUAUUGUG